AUGAGUACAGAUCAAUCAUCAAAUUCAUCAACUUAAAAAGGCAAAUCUCUCUCUUCCAUUGAUACAAAUAGAUCUAAAUACACAUAAGAAUUAGGAAUUCAUUAACUCUUACAAAAUGCUUUCUAAGAUAUGGGUAAUUAGUGUCCUUAUCUAGUUUAGAUGAUGAAAAUACAGAUAUGAAAACAUUACUUCCUAUUUCAAUCUUAUUGGAAGAGAUGAAAAGUGAUCAUUCAAGUACAAGAACUUACUGUUUGCAGAACCUCUCAACUAUUGCCUUAGUCUUAGGUCCUGCCAGAGCAAAAGGUUUAUUGGGCGGAUUUAUUUCAAAUUUACUUAAAGAUCAAGAAAAGGCUGGUUUAUAAAUUAAGUUAAUAUUUUAGUUGAGGAUGUUCCAGAAGAAUUAUAAGUAAUGCUUACAUUACUAGAAUCUAUGCCAAAAUUAAUAAAUCUAAUUGGAGGUCCAGAGAACAGUUUAGUUUUAUUGAAACCAUUACUUGAAACUAUAGGAGAUAGAACAAAAGAUGAAACUAAAACAAUGUACAUAAAAAUCAUGAGGGAUAUUGGAAAGAGAUUAUUGAAAUAAUAACAUUUAUUUGAAGAAUGUGUUACAUAGAGAAUAAUAGAAGCUAAGGAUGGUGAUAUAGAUGAAUAAUGUGCAGCAGUUACAUUAAUUGCUAAUCUCUAUAAUCUUGUUUCUUAAUAAGUAUUAGAAGAAUGGAUGGAAUAUUUUACUAAUCUUAUGUAGAGUAAUGAAUAAAAUGUUAGAAAAAGAGUAGUUCUAAGUAUAAAAGAAUUUGCAUAAUGGGCAAGUAAUCCAGAAGAGCAUAAAUUUUGUAUUGAAUUAGCUGAUAAUGUUUUUACAAAUGGAAAGGAUUUUAAAUCUAAUUUAUUUUAUAGUGUACCUGCUUUAAUUAAAUUUCAAGGUUAUCAAGAUUAUUUAAAUAAAUUAUUUAAAAUGGAAAAUAUUAAUGCUUAUAAUUGCUUUUUAGAAAUCUGUAUUGAAUCUCUAUAAGUAUUAUAAAAUACUGUUGAUAGUAAAAUAUUUAUUGAAAAUUUUAUUAAAUUAUUUUCUAAAACUGAAUUGGAAUUGAAAUAAAAGUUAUCAACAUAUUGUGGAAAACUUGUAGUAUUUAUUAAAGAAUCAAAAACUAUUUAUAAAGGAGUAAUUUAUAAUUAUUAAUAUUAAGUAUCUUGUUUAAAUUUAGUAAUAUAUGACAUAAUUAGAAUAAGAAAAGAAUUUUAUGAUAAAAUAGAAUUUAGUAGAGUCAGUUAUUUUGAUAUUGAAUUAAGCAACAGAUAGAAGAAUAUAUUAUUAAUAAGAAGAAAUUUAAUAUUUCUUAAGAUUUCUAAUGAAUUAAUUAAUUAGUGGUGAUACAGAUCUUAAAUUUAAAUUUGUAUCUAAAUAGAAAUCCUUUAAUAUUAUAUUGUAAUUUAUUUCAGACAAUGCUUUUUCUUAAAAUGAAUCAUUAUAAAUAAUUAAGAAUUUACUUUAAGUUAUAAUCAAUAUUGAAUAAUGUAAGAAUUGGAGAAUGAGAUAAUAAUGUUUGAUGUCAUUGUAAAUGGUAUUUAUUGUAUUAUUAUUAUAUUAUAGUUCCUAAUAAAUUUAUAAUAAUUUUAAUUAUUUAAGACUUUCCAAUCUGAGGAUUUAGAAGUUUAAUUAAUUAAAAGACUAUUAUAAGAUAGAAUUUCUGCAGUUCGAGAGGAAGCAAGCAAAGUAUCAUUAUUAUUAUUAUAAUAUAGACCCUAUUACAACUAUUUAGAUAAUUAAAAGAAAAUGAUAUGAUUGAAAAAGGAAAGAGAGUAAUAGAUUAAUUAAAUGAAUUAUUAAAACAUCCAAAUUAUUUGGUUAGAGUUAACUUUGUCUUAGGAUUGGGGAAUGCAUUCUUUUUAGGAGAACAUACAUAUAAUGUAUUGAGGUAAUUAAAAAAUGAAGUUCCAAAUGUAAAAUUAGCAUUAUUAGAAGUCUUGUACAAUAAUAAAAAAUGCAAGUAAUUAGAUUUAAUUCCUGUUAACGAUUCGGAUUAAGAUGUAAGAGAUGUUGCAUAAAUUAUAUAUUAAUAAUUCAAAUGAUC